AUGCAAAAACUGACGGAGCGCAUAGACGACCUGAAGCAAAGAAUAGCUGCUUGGGGAAAGCGGAUUCGGCGAUAUACCGAGAGGUCGACACGGUUCAACCAGAAUCGUCUCUUCCAGAGUGAUCAGAAGAGGCUCUAUAAAUCAUUGGAGCGACCAAUAGUAAGUGGAACGGGCCCUGCACCAAAUCAGGCCGACAUGGUCGCAUUCUGGCGCAGCCUGUGGUCAGAGCCCGUAAACCACAACGAGGGCCCUUGGACGGAAGUUGUGGCGAGUCAGUGUGCGAGUAUUACGCCCAUGGACCCCGUCAUCAUAACGCCGGAUGACGUAGCUGAGGCGGUCCGUAGGGCCCCGAACUGGAAAAGUCCGGGGCUUGACGGGCUGCAUCACUACUGGCUGAAGGGGUUCAUGGCCCACGUGGUGUCUGCCUUCGAGCAAAGCCUUUCGAAUAUGACACAGCGUCUGCAGCAGUUGACCGCCACCGCUGAGAGAAAGGAUUCCGAGUUAACGGAACUUCGUCAAACGAUCGAGUUACUCCGAAAGCAGUCAAUCCAGGCCGGGCUCACGACGGCGCAUAUGCAGUCUAUGGGAAUCCGAACAGACGGAGUCAAUAUCACAGGACAGGAGCCCAGUAACGCACAAACGCAGCAGUCGUCACCGCAGCGUACCGCACAAACUGGUAACGGGGCGAUCACGCGUCACCUCUCAACAGACAGCGUGUCCAGUAUUAACAGCCUCAGCAGUGGAUCAUCAGUGCCACAUGAUAAAAAACACAAGAAAAAAGGAUGGUUGAGAUCAUCGUUUACAAAGGCCUUCUCAAGAAACGCAAAAAUAUCAAAGACAGCAAAGCACUCAUCUCUCGGGCAACUGUCGUCACAGGACAGCUCAUCGGGCUCACAUCAUUACGAUGACCCGCAUACCAUUCGUGAAGGGAGCAACGAGAAUAGUCUAGAACAUUCCCACGAAGCACUUCCAGACACGAAAGACAAAACAGCAUGUCCGCAAUCUAAGACUGAUGAACAAGCCAAAGAUAAACCAGAUGACUCCGGACUAGUCGAUGAAUUAAAAAGACAGCUAAGGGAAAAAGAUUUAGUUCUCACUGAUAUUAGACUGGAAGCUCUCAGCUCCGCUCACCAACUUGAAAGCCUUAAAGAUACCGUCAUAAAGAUGAGGAACGAGAUGCUAAACCUGAAGCAGAACAACGAGCGGCUGCAGCGGCUGGUGACGUCACGCUCGCUGGCCGGCAGCCAGAGCUCGCUGCCCGCUUCCGACGACCCGCGCCGAUUUAGCCUCGCGGACCAGCCCGCAUUGCACCAAGCGACAAUGGAUAUGCAUUCUCAACCUCUCGACCUAGACUUCAACUGCACCCUCAAUUCGACUCAAACGAUGGACUUCUCUAAGACGAGCUCGCCAAAAUCAAGCAUGGUGGAGCCCAUAUACGGAAACAAGGCUGUUUGCGAAUUAAACGAAAACAGCGAGACGAUUUUAGGCGCUUUGAAUGGAUCCAGUGAUAUGUUUACUAACGGACUCAAUCCCGGUGAAAGAUUAAGUGGUGAUUACGACAUCAACACGGUGCUACCGCCGCCCAAAAGCAGAGAGUUAGCUAUUGGGGAGAGUUAUUCUGAUAUUGGUGUAGCUGAUAGCCAGGGCGACACGAGGGACGGAAAGAAAAUAGCGAUUGCGGUGUACUUGGGCCAGCCAGAAACAUUCCAGAGAUACUUCGAAGAGGUCCAAGACACGCUCACGGAAUCCGAGUGUAGAUUUUACGCGAAACAAUCGGCCGCCGCAUUCAACAACUUCGAAAAGCAAUCGAGCUACGACUCGCCGCGAAUCUCACAGAACCACAGCCCCGAGACAGAGACGCAAGACUACCCGCAGUCAAUAAACAAAUCGAACACGAAUAGCCUUAAGAGUAACAAAUCAACGCACAGUAAUUCGUUUAAAAAUGUAUAUAAUAGCGACUCGACAAUAAACUGCAACGAAUUCACUAUUGCGUACACUUAUAUAUCCGGGAAGACGACGUGGCAAAACUUAGACUAUAUAGUUAGAAAGACGUUUAAGGACUACCUAUCGAGGAUAGACCCGGGCACGAAUCUUGGUUUGAAUACAGACUCCAUAACGUCUUACCAUUUGGGCGAGGCUACCAGAGGACCAGAGAUUGGUUUUCCGGAGUUACUGCCUUGUGGUUAUAUCGUUGGCACUGUAAAUACGUUAUACAUUUGCUUGCAAGGAGUUGGAAGCUUGGCUUUCGAUAGUCUUAUACCAAAAAAUAUUGUAUAUAGGUACGUUUCGUUGUUAUCUGAACAUCGGCGAGUAAUACUUUGCGGGCCAAGUGGCACCGGAAAGUCGUAUUUAGCAGCUAAACUAGCGGAAUUCUAUGUUCAACGUACGCAACGAAGGGGGAAUCCCGCUGAAGCCGUCGCUACGUUUAAUGUGGACCGCAAGUCUUGCAACGAGCUGCGCGCGUACCUCGCGAACAUCGCAGAGCAGUGCAGUGCGGCGGCCGCGGGCGAGGAGGCGGCACUUCCCUCCGUCGUUGUACUCGACAACUUGCAGCACGCCUCGGCGCUGGGGGACGCAUUCGCCGGCUUACUGCCGCCCGACAACCGGAACAUGCCCGUUAUUAUUGGAACAAUGUCACAAGCAACUUGCAACACCACAAACCUUCAGCUGCACCAUAACUUCCGAUGGCUUCUUACCGCAAAUCACAUGGAACCAGUGAAAGGAUUCUUAGCUCGAUACCUGCGACGGAAACUGUUCUCGCUGGAACUCCGGUUAGGUCGUCGUGAGCCAGCCUUAGCAGCGGUGUUGGAAUGGCUUCCAGGCGUGUGGGCGACGCUCAACGCCUUCCUUGAAGCGCAUUCCUCCAGUGACGUCACCGUCGGCCCGAGGCUGUUUCUCGCAUGCCCUAUGGACUUAGAAGCUAGUCAGGCUUGGUUCGCGGACGUGUGGAACUACAGCAUUGUGCCGUACGCAUCGGAGGCGGUGCGCGAAGGCGUGGCGCUGUACGGGCGCAGGCGGCACGCCGCCGUCGACCCCUUGCACCACGUCAAGUCCAGCUACCCCUGGAGAGAACCCAAUCAUUCCCACACGCUAAGAGCGAUCACAGUAGAAGAAAUGAGCAUCGAAGAAGCGAAUCAAGAAGCGAAUAGAAACAACAAUCAAGAUCCAUUGUUGAACAUGUUGAUGCGACUGCAAGAGGCGGCCAACUACAGCGGAAACCAAAGCCAAGAUUCGGAUAACGCUAGCAUGGAUUCGAAUCUCACACACGACAGCUCUAUGGGCAACGAGCUUUAA